ACUUGAGCAUCCUACCCCAGGUAGAAAUUGACGUCAGAGCGUUUUCGCAAAUUGACGUACUGAAAUGGAAGUGAGAUGUCGGGCUCCGGCAGUGGCGGUGAUGAUGCUGCGCGCGACUCUGGCGCUUCUGCUGUGCGUGGUGGGCGCGCGCUCUCAGCGACAGUACCUGAACGAAUGGGCCGUGGAGGUACCCGGGGGAAUAGACGCUGCCCGGACCAUCGCCGACGAGCUCGGCUACGAGUUAGUGCGACAGAUUGGGGCCCUAGAGAACCAUUAUUUAUUCAAAAAUCACUAUCAUCCUAGCAGGAACAAAAGAAGUGCAGAGCACAUUACCAAAAGGCUGUCAGAAGAUGACAGGGUGUCUUGGGCAGAGCAGCAGUAUGAAAUGAAGCAGAAACGUGCUCCUCUAGGGGCAGAAUGUAAAGACUGCUCUGUGGACAAACUCUUUGACGACCCAAUGUGGAACCAGCAGUGGUACCUGCAAGACACGCGGACGUCGUCAUCGUUGCCGAAGCUGGACCUCCAUGUGAUCCCUGUGUGGAAGAAAGGUAUCACGGGUAAAGGCGUGGUCAUCACCGUGCUGGAUGACGGCCUAGAAUGGAACCACACCGACAUCUACCCCAAUUACGAUCCCGAGGCCAGUUACGAUUUCAAUGACAACAAUCCUGAUCCUUUCCCCAGAUACGACUCCACCAAUGAGAACAAACAUGGAACAAGAUGUGCAGGGGAAAUCGCAAUGCAAGCAGACAACAACAAAUGCGGUGUCGGAGUUGCGUACAACUCGAAAGUCGGAGGUAUCCGAAUGUUGGAUGGAAUCGUGACCGAUGCCAUUGAGGCAAGCUCAAUAGGCUUUAACCCCAACCACGUUGACAUCUACAGCGCCAGUUGGGGGCCAAAUGAUGACGGCAAAACUGUAGAAGGGCCGGGCCGCCUGGCACAAAAAGCGUUCGAGUAUGGCAUCCAGAAGGGUCGUGGUGGAAAGGGCUCCAUCUUUGUUUGGGCGUCGGGUAACGGUGGACGUCAGGGUGAUAACUGUGAUUGUGAUGGGUAUACGGACAGCAUCUUUACCAUCUCUAUCAGCAGUGCGUCACAGCAGGGCCUGUCGCCCUGGUACGCUGAGAAAUGCUCAUCCACCCUCGCUACCGCCUACAGCAGUGGAGACUACACUGACCAGAGGAUUACCAGUGCUGACCUUCACAAUGAAUGCACAGAGACACACACUGGAACAUCUGCGUCUGCUCCACUGGCAGCUGGGAUAUUCGCUCUGGCAUUAGAACAGAAUCCUGAUCUAACAUGGCGAGACCUGCAGCACUUGGUGGUCUGGACGUCUGAGUUCGAUCCUCUGGCAAAUAACCCUGGCUGGAAGAGGAACGGCGCGGGUCUCAUGGUGAACAGCCGAUUCGGUUUCGGCUUGCUCAACGCUAAAGCUCUGGUAGACCUGGCCGAUCCCAAAGUGUGGAAGCACGUGCCUGAGAAGAAGCAAUGCAUCGUGAGGGAUGACACCUUCCAGCCGAGGCCUCUGAAGGCAGCAGGAGAGAUCAGCAUUGAGAUACCCACUAAAGCUUGUACUGGCCAGACAAAUGCGAUUGGCUCAUUAGAGCAUGUGCAGGUAGAGGCAAGCAUUGAGUACACCAGGAGAGGAGACCUCCAUAUAACGCUCACUUCUCCUUCAGGAACUACUACAGUGCUCUUGGCUGAAAGGGAAAGGGACACUUCGUCUAAUGGCUUCAGGAACUGGGCCUUCAUGUCUGUGCACACCUGGGGAGAAAAUCCUACCGGCACAUGGACCCUGAAGAUCACCGACACGUCAGGGAGGAUGGAAAAUGAAGGGCAGAUCCUAAGCUGGAAGCUGAUCCUGCACGGGACCUCAGAGAAGCCGGAGCACAUGAAAAAGCCGAGAGUGUACACAUCGUACAACGCGGUACAGAACGACCGCAGGGGAGUGGAACACGUGGAGGGCAUGAUGGAGGAGGCUACCACUUCUCCCAUCAAACCUGAGAAGCCCCGGGCUCCAGCUAAAGUCACUUUCUCUACUCCUGAUUCUGCUUCUGGCCCAGAAGAAAAGCCUGCUUUGUCGCAGUCUUCCACUUCUCCCAGUUUAGCGCUGCUCCAACUUCUCCAAUCAGCUUUUAACAGGCAGACCCCUGCAAUCUAUCCUCACUCUAUGGCUUCUCUCGGCCGCGCAGAAACCCGAGACAGGAUCUCUAAGCAGAAGUUGCUUGAAGCCAUGGACUGGCUCAAACAGGACACAGUUCCUGAGAACAACUUGUACAACGACUACACUGACAACUUCUACAGAGCACAAGCUUAUCGGCACAGAGAUGACCGGCUGAUGCAGGCUCUGUUUGACAUGCUUGAAAGAGAGCAGCAGUGAGGUGGUGGAAAGGGGAAAAGAAGGUUAGGGAACGAUCAGAGGAUUAGCCACAGGGGGUAAAAGGUAUGUAGUGAAUGUAGGUAAUAAGGUAAUAUAAAUGAUAAUGAUGCAUGAUAAUGGCAGGGAAGAGUUGUAAUGGCAGAAAGUCAGAAGAAGCUUAUAGAGAAAUCGAUGGGAGCCAGGCACAGGAUGAGAUUCACUCUUACACCUAAGUUUCUGUCAUCGUUCUUUCUCAUCCGUAAUCACGCUGAGGCUUAUUUGUGUUUUGUGUAUCUCACAGCUACUGUGCUGUACACACAACCGGAUCACAUCCUUCAUCACAUAUAUAUAUAUAUAUAUAUAUAUAUAUAUAUAUAUAUAUAUAUAUAUAUAUAUAUAUAUAUAUAUAUAUUUACAUCAAUCCAAAAAAUAUUUCAACUUUAUACUGAGAAUUAGAAUUAUAUUGUAUAUUUUAUGACAAAUACAGUUGCUUAGCAUAUGUAUUUACUCCCCCGCCUUAACCAUUUCUAUGUGGUAUAGUGUUAGAAAGUGAAAUUCCCCACAAUGCUACCACCGCCACCAUGCUUUACUGUGCUUUUCUGGGAGAUAAGCAGUGUUGUGGAAUGAUGAAACUUUUUACCAAGGCCAAUGUUAUAUUUGGUUUCAUAGGACCAGAAUGCAAUUUUUUUCACCUACUCUAAUAUUCCUUUAAACCAACUCCAAAUAGCAUUUCACAUGGCUUGCCACUCUUCCAAAAAGCCUUGCUACGCUAAGCCUUGGCAGAUAGACUUUACUAGGUAGAGUCACAAUUGCGCCACAUACAGCUUGAGAUAUUUAUUUAUACAUCUCCAGAACUUUCACCCAGACAUAUUUUAAUCGCUUCUUGGUCUUGAUGUUGCUUGUCUGGGCAUAUCUAAUAAUUGCAGGUGUAUUCCUAUUUGACACUUGCAACGAUGUAACUUCUAAUGGUUUCCAAGCCACUAGCUAACAUCACACAGCAGCUACCAACAGGGAAUUGUGAGUCAAAAGCGUGCUUCCACUGAGCCAUGUGAAAGUGUAGAUAUGUUUUGGAACUGCUGCUAAUGCUGCAUCACAGGGCAGUGUAACAGAGUAAGAGAAAAGAAAAGAAAAUCUGCUCUUUUUUUCAUAUAUUUGAGCUGAUAGAUGCCGACGACUGGAUGACUGGAGAGCAAAAGAAAUGCACUUAUACCAUCCUGAGACCAUAACAACCUUUGUUCAGUUGAGUCCUGGCCACUAACAAUAGAGUGAACACAUUUUUAUUGAACCACUUAGGGGGCUUUGAGGGCAAUCGUUGUAUGAGAACUAAUCUCAAGGCUUUCACAACAACAAGGGAGGGGGGGGGGGGAAUACUUAUGCAACUAUACUAU